GACAUGACUGAGAAGAGCAUGUGAUGUGGGAGAGUCUCAAAUAGAAUAAGCAGAAAAUGCUUUGUCGUGCAGAAAAGGAGACCAACUAGGCUACUUACUACAAAGAGGAUGUAGGCAACUCCAAAGAGGAUAUAGGCUAUCUGUCAGCUGACUUCACUCACCAUAUUUUGAGGGUCAAGCAAACACUUGGUUUGAAGUGCCUUUCACUGUACCUUGCCGUCGGUUCUUGUUGUAGCAGUCUACUGUUGCCUACCUGCCACGGCAUUCCAGGAUAAUUAGCCUACAUUUUUCACCUACUGGCGCUUUGCCAAUAACAGCUGCUCACCGUCAUAGCGCGAUAGGUACGCGACCUAAUCCAGCAAGCAAACGGUUUGUCACAUGACUGUGCUCACCAUGAGUUUAUUUCCGCGUUCAUUCGGUACAGAAUGAUUUGAUAGAGAGAGGUGCAUACCUGAACCGUUGCGGUCCGCAAAACGCGCCGCCGAGCCUCGGCGAUAUUCCGAGAAAGGGGACCCCGGCAUUAGCAUUGCUUGGACACACGCUGCAGCAAGAACAUGCUCACCCGGGUGAAAUCAGCUGUGGCCAAUUUUAUGGGCGGUAUGAUGGCUGGCAGUUCGAACAGUGAACCUCUCGGUGGCUCCGAAUUACCGCUGAAAUACCCGUACACAAGACCGGAGUUUCUGGGACUGUCACCGGAUGAAAUCGAGUGCUCGGCGGAUCAUGUUGCUCGGCCGAUACUCAUUCUGAAAGAGACGAAGAGGCUGCCGUGGGCCACUGGUUAUGCAGAGGUGAUCAACGCGGGGAAGAGCCAUCUGAACGAAGACCAAGCGUGCUGUGAGGUGGUGGUGGUGACGAGUAGACCCAGUGCCGGGGGCAACUCCACCUCCAACAGGCCCCCUACCACCCGGAGGAGGUCCUCUCUGCCCAAUGGAGAGGGGCUGGGGCUCAGGGAGAACGCUGACGUGGAGCCCGGACUGACCUUCCACUACUGGGGUCUGUUUGACGGCCACGCGGGCUCAGGGGCAGCGGUGGUGGCAUCUAAGCUGCUCCAGCACCACAUCAUAGAACACCUCCAGGAGGUCCUGGAUGUCCUGAGGAACCCGGCCCAGCUGGCCCCUAUCAUCCAGGGGGAAGAGCCCACCAACUACCACCUCACCCCCACCACCCACCGGGGCAUCACCAGGGCCGCCUCCCUGCGGGGGGCUGCAGGGGCCCCCGGCUCCCCCAGCCACCCCCCGCUCACCAGGUUCUUCACAGAGAAGAAGAUCCAUCACGAGAGCAUGGUGAUGGGAGCCAUAGAGAACGCCUUUAAAGAGAUGGAUGCCCAGAUUGAGAGAGACAAGGCUGUGUUUAACAUCUCAGGAGGCUGUACUGCUCUGUGUGCACUCUUUUUAUUGGGAAAGCUCUAUGUUGGAAAUGCCGGGGACAGCAGAGCGAUCAUUAUCCGAGGUGGAGAGGUCAUCCCCAUGUCUACAGAGUUCACACCAGAGUCAGAGAGGCAGCGCCUGCAGUUCCUGGCCUACAUGCAGCCGCACCUGUUAGGAGGCGAGUUUACACAUCUGGAGUUCCCCAGACGUGUACAGAGGAAGGAGGUGGGGAAGAGGAUGCUUUACCGGGACUUCACUAUGUCUGGCUGGGCAUAUAAAACCAUUGAGGACGACGACCUGAAGUUUCCCCUAAUCUACGGCGAAGGGAAGAAGGCCCGUGUGUUGGCUACUAUCGGGGUCACCAGGGGCCUGGGAGACCACGAGCUCAAAGUGCAUGACUCCAACAUCUACAUCAAGCCCUUCCUGUCCUGCUGUCCCGAGGUCAAAGUGUACCCUCUGACGCAGUAUGAACACGGGGUGGAUGACGUCCUGGUGAUGGGGACAGAUGGGCUGUGGGACGUCCUAUCCAACCAGGACGUUGCCGAGGCAGUCACUGGUUUCCUUGCCAACUGUGGCCCUGACGACCAGCAUAGGUACACGAUGGCAGCUCAGGACUUGGUGAUGAGGGCACGGGGGGUCCUGAAGGACCGAGGCUGGAGGAUAGCCAACGAACGUCUGGGCUCCGGAGACGACAUCUCUGUCUACAUCAUCCCUCUGAGGUACGGCAACCUGCAGACCUAGCCGUAGCCCAGGCCCAGCUCACCACCACCCACCAUGGGACUCUAGACAGGUCUGUGUCCAAAAUGACACCCUAUAUAGUGCACUACUUUAGGCCAAGGCCAUGACAAGUAUUGCAUUAUGUAGGGAAUAGGGUGCAAUUGUAGGUGUUCUCCCAACCGGCAGAUCUAGCUAAGGACCAGCUCACCACCCACCAUGGGACUCUAGACAGGCUGCAAUUGUAGGUGUUCUCCCAACCGGCAGAUCUAGCUAAGGACCAGCUCACCACCCACCAUGGGACUCUAGACAGGCUGCCCCCCUCUCCCAUCUAUCCUAUCCCCUCUGUCCUAAAAUCAAUGCCCUGGUGCUCUCACAGUGCUUCAUCCCGAACGGUUUUCCUGAGGAAACAAAAUGGCUGCUGGUUGUUGUACAGUACAGGGUAGCAUGAUUGUUCUUGUCUCUUGUGAAAGGAAGGAAAAUCUCAGGAUGUUCCAAUAUACAGUACCUUCAGUUUCUUCUUGUGUUUCUGUGCUGCAAAGGAACAAAGGACAAUUCUGGAUUUAAAGGCCUACUGGGGCCAUGUAUUUCGAGUAAUUCAUAACUAACUCUUUGUUGUUUUUCAGUAGGCUACGGCUUCUGCAUAGCCAAAUAUUUUCUGAUGCAAUGGAAGAGUAUUGCUUUCACAAAAGCAAUACUUCUCUUAUGGAUAUCGCAUGGGGAAAGACAAAGGGGCUCUUUCAAAGUGCAAUGCUUUAUGGGAUUGUUUUUUAUCCUUUUUAGAUGAGAUAUUGUUACUAUAUUACUGAUUAUGAACAGGUAAAAAUACUUAAAAAUGAAUGGAUUUUAGAUAUCCAUGCUGUACAGUGUAAAGAACCUGUUUUGAGUUGUCUGUAUAUACUGUACGUUAUGAAACCUCUCCUGUCCCUAUGAUCCAUUACAUACAUAAGUCACUGACCUAGACAGUACAAUCCUACCACAGACAAACUAUAGCCUUCAGCUUUCAGAACUAGUGUUCCUCUCUAAGUGUAAGGUGAAUGAAGUCAGUCUUAUGGUCGUUGUAUUGCCAGUGACAAUGUUAAUCUCUCAUUGUUUCUUUUUUCUUAAUUUUGAUAGGUUUGUUUUUUCUUUGUCAUUGCGAUGACCCUGAAAGUGGAUUUACUUAAAGGAUGUGAAGGAACACAUUUUAUACAUAAUUGUGAAACAGCUACCUCAUGUUUUCCCUUGCCCGUUUAACCUUUUAUGUUUCUAUAUGUCAAAUACUUGUUUGCAUCAUCCUGUUUGCGUGCUCGUUUACUUUUCAAAUAUGAAACAGCCAUUCCUUAAUUAAUUGUCACUAGUUUUCAUACAAAUAUACCUUAGUUUAGCUCUGUAAAAAAUAUUAGGAAAAUUAGGGAAACUGUAUAGCGACAUGAAUAGGAUGUAAAAUGGGUCAAGUUUACUGAAUGUUCUUACAGCUGAAUCCUAAAUUGAGACAUGGUUGUCAUUUUAUCUUAUUGAGACGUGCUUGAUUUACUCAAAAGUUCAAGUUACGAGUGUGGAUCUCUCAAAUGAACAUUCAGUCCUUGAAGGCUAGAGUUACAUCCCUUAAGCAGAUACAUUGAUUAGCAAGUGCUUGGGAGGAACACAUGAGAUUAAAUUGAAUGCUGGUAUGAAAACUGUUGCUCUCUGUUUUUUGUUGUUUUUAAGUGAUCUUUACUUGUAGUUUACUGAACAUGUGUCACAACUCAGGGAGCUAUGUGACCGAUUCUCAUGCCGGAUGCUAUACAGAAAAUGUGUCUGUACCAGAGGAGGCUGGUGGGAGGAGCUUUUGGAGGACCGGUUCAUCGUACAGACUGGAAUGGAAAAAUGGAACGGUAUCAAGCACAUCAAACAUGGAAACAAGGUUUGACGCUGUUCAUUCAAUGCCAUUCCAGUCAUUACAAUGAGCCUGUCCUAUAGCUCCUCCCACCAGCCUCCUCUGCUCUACAGGAAUUCUUAUUUUAUCCUGAAUCCUUGUUAUUAUGCAGUCUGGUAUUUACACUUUGCUGAACAAUACUCUGCAAACUAACCAUUUAGGGCAUUAACCUGAAUCGAUUGCUGUUCAGAUACAGUAUGAAGGAUGUACAGUGUAUUCUUUGGUUUCCACCUCUUCCAUUUUCUGGAUAAGAAAAUAGAGGAUGUAAUGCCAGGUGCACUUCCUUUAUUCAAUGCAGUAUGAUGACAAUGUUCCUGGAUGUCCAGUCAUGAACUACACUAAUGGACAUUGUACACAUCUCUCCUACUGCCGUGGGACCUCUACUGAUGCCACUGGCGCUCUAAAAACACUGACACAAUCACUAAUGAUGUCAGAACUUGGGACUUGCUAGAUGUCGUUUUAAGUGGAUUCAUCUCUGAGUUGUUUAAAACCGUUGUUAGGGAGGUGUUGAUGUGUGUMUCGCUGACUAAGACCGCACUGUUUCGAGUCCAAUCAAAUUAGUCUAGUCAUGGCCUAAUCCAUGUUAAUUUGUCUCUGUUCCUUUUAAUGUAUUUGGCAUGUUUCUUUUCAAGCUGUUUCAAAGUGUUUUUGUUCUGAUAACACAAACUUUACUCAUCUAUUUCUCUAUGACUGACCUGCUCAAAACAUUGCAGAAAGAGGCCCAGGGCUCUAUUCAGUCUGGAUCGCCGAAGCGUUACAGAUUGUGAUAGAAAUGUAAAGGUACUUUCAGAUUGAGCCGAUAGCGUGGGAACAUUGGCUUUACAUUUCAAUCACACUUUUCAAUCACACUGUAACGCUGAACUUAAUCAAUACAGUUGAAGUCAGAAGUUUACAUACACCUUAGCCAAAUACAUUGUAAACUCAGUUUUUCACAAUUCCUGAC